AUGGCGUCGGGCUUAGAGGUGCCAGAAUAUUCCUCUCCAGCAAAACGACGAAAAGUUGACGACAUUAGUUACAAAAAUAUCAAUAGUGUGAAACCAGAUUUUCAAGCUUGUGAGUCGUCGCAUGAUGCUCCUAAUGAAGAUAUGGAAGAGACAUUUGGUGGAGAUAGUGGUUUUAAUGAAUUAAGCGACGAAUCCAAAUCAAUUUCUAUUUCACCAGAUGUUACAAACUUAAUGACAACUCCAUCACAAAUUGAUUCAACUAGUGAUGAUACUGGUUGCCCAAUCGAUACUGCAGAUGAAAAAGAUGAGAUAUCUUCAACAGUUUCAAAUUUAUCUGAUUUAUCAGGACUUUCUGACUUUUCUGGUGAAGGUGAUAUCAAUCAUCAAUGGAGAAAUGCGUCUUCAUGGGUUCAGAAACAAAUGUUAAUAGGCACUGAUCCUCGAGAUCUUUUACAUCAUCUUCUUAUGGAUCCUUCACAGAUUCCAGAACAGGUUGAUGAUUUAACACUGUGGAAGAUUAUAAUAAAUAUGAUGUCAGAACCGCCACGCAGACAAAAAUUAAGACAUAUAAAUACUUUAUCAGAUGUUGUCAAGUUGAUACGUAAUAGCAGUAGAAUCAUAGUUUUAACUGGAGCAGGUGUAAGUGUUAGUUGUGGAAUUCCAGACUUCAGAAGUAGAGAUGGUAUUUAUUCCAGAAAUAAUAAAUUUUUUUGUAUAAACUUUUCUUACUAGGCAAUGUUUGACAUUAAUUAUUUUGGUCAAGAUCCAAGGCCAUUUUACAAGUUUGCACGAGAAAUUUAUCCUGGACAAUUUAAGCCAAGUCCUUGUCAUAGGUUUAUAAAAAUGCUUGAUAAGCAGAAGAAACUUUUAAGAAAUUAUUCACAAAAUAUUGACACGUUAGAACAAGUAGCAGGUAUUGAAAAUGUGAUUGAAUGUCACGGUUCCUUUGCUACUGCUUCAUGUACAAGAUGUAAAUAUCAAGUGAAAGCUGAUGAUAUUAGAGAAGACAUAUUUUCCCAGAGAAUACCAUUGUGUCCAAAAUGUCGAAUUAAUAUUUUACCUCCCAUAUCCGAGAUUAAUCUUAACGAAAGUUACAAAGAUUUGGUGACACAAGGUAUCAUGAAACCAGACAUUGUUUUCUUUGGCGAAGGACUUCCGGAUGCUUUUCACGAUGCAAUGGCAAAAGAUAAAGAUGAAUGUGAUCUUUUAAUCGUAAUUGGAUCGUCAUUGAAGGUCCGACCAGUAGCAUUAAUACCUUCCUCUAUUCCGUCUCACGUCCCACAGAUCCUGAUUAAUCGUGAAUCAUUGCCACAUCUAAAGUUUGAUGUCGAACUUUUGGGGGAUGGUGACAUAAUUAUAAAUCAACUGUGUCACUUAAUGGAAAAUAUCUACAAAGAAGUAUGUUGGAAUGGUACAAUCCUUAAAGAAGCAACUCAACUUUUGCCGAUACAUUACUUAGCAGACGAUACAUGGGAACAAAGUCAAGAUACAACGUCAAAUACUGUUUUAUCACGGGACAGCAUGGAAACUGAUUUUAAACCACAUGAUUUGUGUUCUAUUGAAAGUCAAGACAGUCUUAUGGUUCAUAACAAUGUCGUAGAACGAUAUGUAGAGAAUAUGAACGCGCGUAUAUCACCUUUCUGUACUGAUCAUACGAAUAGUAUUGAAGAGAAACUUAGCAUUUUGGGUGAAAGCCCAAAGAGAAGAUUAGGCGAGUCAAGCGUGGAAAGUAGUCCAAAAAGAAUGAAUUUUGGCAGCAAUUGCAUGUUAAAUUUCAGUUUGGGCUCCUCAAAGAUAGAUGCUAUUUCAAAUACUUCCAUUGGUUAUAAAUUUCAUGCAGUUUCUAUAGAAUCUACAUCAAAAGAUAUUGGAAAAAUUUAUAGCCUGGGAGAGUGUCAAGUAUUUCCAAGAAUAAUAGAAAUAUCAUCAGAAAAUACAUUAUUAGAUUCUACCUUAAAACCAAAUCAUCAUGUAGAAAAUAGAGCAUCGUUAAAAAUGAAUGAUGUUUAUCCAACAUCGAUUCCAAUCGAAGCUGAAAAAAUUAAUUUUAAACCGAGGCAAGCUUCCAUUGAUUCCGCUUUAGAUUCCGGCGUAGGUGACAGUUGUAACAGUGUCGACAGUCAAGAAGAUAAAAAUAACAAAGAAGAAUUAAAAAAUGGAAGACUGGGUCGGCACUAUUGGCAUGCCAAAAUACGAAAAAGUCUUGCUAUGAGAUUACCAGAAAAUUCUUAUUAUCAGUUAGCAUCUGGAAAGUAUAUAUUUCCUGGAGCAGAAGUAUAUUCAGAUCUUGAAGAGUAUGAUCACUGUUCACUUUCCAUAAAUUCUGAAAGUUCAGAUAGUGAUUGUGAUUCUUCAUCUGUAGAAGAAGAAGAAGAAGAAGAAGAAGAAGAAGAAGAAGAAGAAGAAGAAGAAGAAGAAGAAGAAGAAGAAGAAGAACAAAUUAACGAAGAUGAAGAUGAGAUGAAUGUGAGGAAGGAAGAUGUAAAGGAGGAAGAAAAUAAGGAGAAAAAAGUCAAAGAGCAAAAGGAAGUCUUAAAGGAGCAAAGGAAAGGAGAACCAAAAGACAAUAAGAUGGCGAAGGAAACAGAGAAGGAGAAAAAUCAACAAAUAACAAUAAAAGAAGAAGAUGAAAGGAGAAAUAUGAGUAAGUUAAAAAACGAAAAUAUUUUAGAGGAUCAAAGAAAUGGAAAUUAACAUAGACUAGAGUGACAAAUUGGAAUUGGAAAAAAAGAUAUCAUUACAGAUGCUAGUAUUUAUCACUACCAAAUAGUGAUAAACCAUGUAAAAUGGACAACAACAAAUUAUUUGCAUGAUAUAAAGUAAAUUGCAUCUAAAUGGUAACAAUUUUAAUUCUUGCUGCCUUCAUCAAACUACCUAGUUUUGAUGAAGUGAAUAAUUAGUUGGAAGGAAGUGCAAUUUUUACCACGCGUUAUACGUGUAUACGUAUAGUAGGAAUAUACGUAACAAGAAAAACAUUGAAACUUCUAAGUAGGGUCCGUGUUUAUCUUUUAACAAGGUCCGUGGACAAUAUAUGAUAGAAAAAACAGUUUAAUGACUUCUUACGUAAGCAAUGUUUUACUGUAUGUACUAGUCACAGAACAUCGGAAGUUACU